UCCUACGUAGGAAAGAUGGCGGCGACGCAAGUAGCGGGUUCUUUGACGAGCGGACCGGCGAAAGAGGCGCAGGGGGAGCCACCCCUCGAGCAGGGCCGUGGGUUCCGCUGCUUGUCAGCCAGGCUCUGCGCCCUGCGACCGGAUGACAGCAGCUCCAGCCGCACCGAGCUCCACCUGCUCUUCGACCAGCUCAUCUCCGAGAACUACAGCGAGGGCAGCGGCGUGGCCCCGGAGGACGUCAGUACUCUUCUUGUCCAAGCUUGCCAACUGGUGCCUCUUAAUCAGAAUCAUCUUGUCAGCAAAUUGUCUCAGCUUAUCCACCAUUUACUUAACACACUACAGGUGAUUGUUGAUGAACAGAACCUGGAUUUCCUGUUGGCAUAUACUAUUUCUGCUAUUCAGCAGUGCAGUUCCUGGACACACAUGCAGAUUCUCCAAGCCUUGGCAGCCCUGGUUUACUGCAACGGCUCCAAGUGUCAAAAGUACCUCCCAGACUUGCUUGGCAAGAGCGGACUCUUGAUGAAGCUGAGUGACUUGGCUCAGUCGGACCCUGAAGUUAGGAGAGCUGCAGUGCAUUGUAUGGCAAACUUAUGUCUCAGUGUGCCAGGACAGCCGUACUUGGAGGAGCCCUACCAAAAUAUCUGCUUCCAAGCUUUCUUGACCACUUUACAGUCUCCAAAAUCAUCUGAUAUGGAUGAUAUCACGUUUUGCAUGUUGUUACAAAAUGCAUUAAAAGGUAUACAGUCUCUUCUAAAUGGUGGGAAGAUGAAACUGACACAGACUGAUGAACUUGGAGCUCUUCUGGCUGUGCUAAAGAAAACCAUGUUCCAUGGACUCCCUGGACUAAACAUAGAGAUGCCCACGGUGUUGUACCCCACUCCACUUCCUCAGUAUGAUGGACGACCACCCAUCAAACCGCAGCAGACAGAAUCCAGCACUUCUCGACCAGCUGUGAAUAAAAGGAAAAAAUCAAAAGUAAAAGCGAAGAAAAUCCAGCAAGGAGAGGAGGAGGAGGAAGAAUCCAGUGGUGAAAGAGAAGUAGCUCCAGUCACUGGCUCAGGCAGACUGAACCCGCAUAAAGGGGACACUCAGUGCCCCUCCUCCCUGGGUGUUUCGAGUUUGCCAUUAGCUGGAAGUGGAGCUGCAGGAAAAGACCAAGUCUCCUCAUCCUUCAGUUCUUCCAGUUGGAAGAGAGUCAGCAGUAGUGAGUCAGACUAUUCUGAUGCUGAAGGAGGCAUGCAGAGUAAAGUGAGGUCUUACCAAGCCAAAGUUCGCCAAGGAGCAUUAGCCUGUUUUCUUUCUACUAUAAAAUCAAUAGAAAAAAAAGUUCUUUAUGGCUACUGGUCAGCCUUUGUUCCUGAUACACCUGAGCUUGGAAGCCCACAGUCUGUGUCCUUGAUGACUCUUACAUUAAAAGAUCCUUCUCCAAAGACGCGUGCCUGUGCUCUGCAAGUUUUAUCUGCCAUCUUGGAAGGCUCAAAGCAGUUUCUUUCUGUUGCUGAAGAUACCAGUGACCACAGAAGGGCUUUCACUCCCUUUUCUGUAAUGAUCGCUUCUAGCAUUAAAGAGUUGCACAGAUGUCUUUUGUUAGCUUUGGUGGCUGAAUCAUCCUCACAGACCCUUACUCAGAUAAUUAAGUGCCUUGCAAACUUAGUAUCAAAUUCACCUUAUAACCGUCUGAAACUCAGCCUGCUAACCAAAGUCUGGAACCAGAUAAAGCCUUAUAUCCGCCACAAAGAUGUUAAUGUUCGUGUGUCCAGUCUCACACUAUUGGGGGCCAUAGUGUCCACUCACGCACCUUUACCUGAAGUCCAGCUACUUUUACAACAGCCCUGUUCUUCUGGACUCAGCAAUAGCAAUUCAGCCACUCCUCACGUCAGUCCUCCUGAUUGGUGGAAGAAAGGCCCUUCAGGACCCUUUCUGGAAGAAGCCGCAGUUAGCUCACCAAAGGUGUCUUCAGAGCCCUGCUGGCUCAUUCGACUUUGCAUUUCCAUUGUUGUUCUGCCCAAGGAAGAUGCCUGUUCAGGUAGUGAUGCUGGCUCCACAGGAGGAAGCACCUAUGAGCCAUUUCCCUUGCGACUGGAGGCCUUACAGGUGUUGGCUCAUCUGGCAAGGGGCUACUUUUCAAUGACUCAGGUCUACUUGAUGGAGCUUGGAGAGGUGAUUUGCAAGUGCCUGGGGGAGGCAGAUCCAUCUGUCCAGCUUCAUGGAGCAAAGCUUCUGGAAGAACUGGGUACAGGCUUAAUACAACAGUAUAAACCAGAUUCUUCCAUAGCACCUGAUCAGAGAGUGCCAGUCAGUUUGGUGGUGAUGUUCUGGACUGUGAUGCUGAACGGUCCUUUACCCAGAGCCCUGCAGAAUUCAGAGCAUCCGACUCUGCAGGCGAGCGCCUGUGAUGCCCUGUCUUCCAUCUUGCCAGAAGCCUUCAGCAAUCUGCUGAGUGACAGGCAGAUCCUGUGCAUCACCAUGCUGCUGGGGCUGAAUGACAGCAAGAACCGAUUAGUGAAAGCUGCGACCUCUCGGGCCCUUGGGGUCUACGUGCUUUUUCCGUGUCUCAGACAGGAUGUCAUAUUUGUUGCAGACACAGCAAAUGCAAUAUUGAUGUCACUUCAAGACAAGUCUCUUAAUGUCCGGGCCAAAGCAGCCUGGUCCCUAGGCAACCUGACAGACACUCUGAUUGUCAACAUGGAAACACCAGACCCAAGUUUCCAGGAAGAAUUCUCUGGCCUCCUGCUCUUGAAGAUGCUGCGAUCAGCUAUAGAGGCAUCCAAGGAUAAAGACAAGGUAAAAAGCAAUGCAGUCCGGGCCCUUGGAAAUUUGCUUCAUUUUCUGCAACCAUCUCAUAUAGAAAAACCCAGAUUUGCUGAAAUCAUCGAGGAGGCUAUCCAGGCCCUAAUUUCUACUGUUCUAAUUGAGGCUGCCAUGAAAGUCCGAUGGAAUGCUUGUUACGCAAUGGGGAAUGUAUUUAAAAAUUCUGCUCUUCCCUUAGGAACAGCCCUGUGGACCUCCCAGGCCUACAACGCCCUGACAUCAGUUGUGACAUCAUGCAAGAACUUCAAAGUGCGCAUCAGAUCUGCCGCUGCCCUUUCUGUCCCGGGCAAGAGAGAGCACUAUGGAUCUGUUGACCAGUACGCUCAGAUCUGGAAUGCAUUGGUCACUGCCUUACAGAAGAGUGAAGACACCACAGACUUUUUGGAAUUCAAGUACUGUGCUAGCCUACGGACCCAAAUCUGCCAGGCACUGAUUCACCUCUUGAGCUUGGCCAGCGCCUCAGACCUGUCCUGCAUCAAAGAAACCCUUGAAUUGAAUGGGGACAUGGUCCAGUCCUAUAUCCUACAGUUUUUAAAAUCAGGAACAGAGAGAGAUGACACUGGAGCACCCCACAACCCACAGGAAAGAGACCAGAUGGUCAAAACAGCCCUGGAGCACAUAAGCAGUGUCCAGGCAUUGGCUGGCGACACAGCCAAAAGGGCCAUCAUGGGCUUUUUAGAAGAUAUCCUGGCCGUUUAUUUUGACUCAUCUGGAUCACAAGUAGCACUCUUAGGAUUAACAAAUCGGUUUCUGAAAACAGAUGUUAAUAUUCGUAUGCAGGGAAAAAGCAAGGUCCUAGCCCACCCUGUCUCUCCCACUGCAUGCAGCUGUAGUGCCUGGACUCAAUGCAUGGAGCUGUAGUGCCUGGACUCAAUGCAUGGAGCAGCUAUCUUGGAAAGGAAAGAAUAACAGGAAGAUCAGGGAAGGAAAGGGGAACUCCGAGUACCACCAAACUGGCAGUAAGUUUACUGAUUUUCCCACUCUGGUGUCUCCUGGCCUGGACUCCAAGCAGACAGAAUCCUGGACCUGCAUACCAUGAAGGCAGAAGGAGCUCCCAGAGAAGCUGUCUAUUUCUGGUCCUAGGAUGGGGCAAGAGGGCCUAUGUAAGUCAGAGAGAGUCAGGGAGAUCCCUGUUUAUUGCUGCUUCUCAUCUCCCACUCCAGCCCCUCGGUAAUCCCACUGCAGCAGAGGCUGUCACAGCCAGGCAGGUGCCUAAAACUUCAGGGAGGGGAACCCUUCUCUCUGACCAGAGGAAGUGCGGUCCCAACAGCAAGAGAGUGAUGCCCAUUGCUUUCUCUUGCUCUCUGGGUUUUCUCAUUUGACUUCUUGGUGUGAUAAUAUUUUGUUAAUAGAACUGUGACACCAGAGGGAAAUUCAAAACCGUGAGAAUGAAGGAAGAGCAACAGAAAUGGGAAAUAUUUGGAUAAAUAGACUAUUUUUCUCAUCUUAAGCUUUUUAUAACAUGUAUAAUCAGUUAAAACAAGACUUAUAACAUUGUCUGACGGGGUCUUCAGUGAAUAUAGGUGUAAUACACAUGAAAGUUACCACAUAAAGAGGAAGUGUGAAGAGGUUUAUACGGUAGUCAGAUUUCUAUAUUUCACUUGAAUGAUAAAAUAUUAAUCCCAAACAACCUAUGAAAAGUUAAGUAUUUUUUAAUCGCUAAAGAAACCACAUGCACACACACACAAAUUACACAGAAGAUAUAUUUAAAAGCUCAAUAGGUAAAGUGGAAUACUAAAAAAUAUUCAAAUAAUCCAAAAGAAGACAGGAAACGAAAGACAGGAAUGAAAAACAUAGGGAACAAAUAGAAAACAAAAAACAGUAGACCUAAAUCCAAACAUAUCAACAGUUACAUUAAGUUUAAAAGGUCUAAGUAUACUAAUUAAAAGACGAGAUUGUCCGAAUGUAAAAAUAUCCAAGACCCAGCUAUAUGCGUUUUAUAAGAAACCCAUUUAAAAUAAGUAGUAUAGGUUAAAAAUAAAAGGAGAAAGAAAAAUAUACCAUGCAAAUACUAAUCAAAAGAAAUUUGGAGUAGCUAUAUACUGUCAGACAAAAUAGACUUCAGAGCAAGAAAAUUUACCAGGCAUAAACAUGGAAAUUGCAUAAUGAUAACAGUGUCAAGUCACAGAGAAGACCUAACAAUGCUAAAUGGAUAUGAACCUAACAACACAUCUUCAAAACACAUGAAGCAAAGACUGAUAGAACUGAAAGGAGAAAUGGCAAGUCAGCAAUUAACAGUUGGAGACUUUUAACACUCACUCCUUUCUCAGUAACCAAUAGGACAAAUAGACCAUAUUCUGGAUCAUGAAACUCAACAGAUUUUUAAGAAUUGAAAUCAUACCAAGUAUGAUCUCUGACCAUAAUGAAAUUAAGCCAGAAAUCAAUCACCAGGACAUCUCUAAUUACUUGAAAUUAAAUAACAUACUUCUAAGUAAUCCAUAGGAGGUCGAAGGGGCAAGUCUCAAAGGAUAUUGGAAAAUGAGAACUUAGAAAAUACUUGAAACUGAACAAAAUGAAAAUAUAAUAGUAUUUGAUAUAUAACAUAUCAAAACGUAUAGAUGCAGCUAAAGCAAAGCUUUGAUGGAAAUUUAUAAUAUUUGGUACUUAUUUUAGAGAAGAAGAAAGGUUUCAAACAAUCACCUAAAUUUCAAACUUAACGAGGAAAAUAAGAAAAAAACCUAGAGCAAGCAGAAGGAAGAAAAUUAUGCUGAGUGAAAGAAGCCACUCUCAGAAUGUUACAAACUGUGAUUCCAUUUACAUGACAUUAUGGAAAAGGCAAAACUUUAGGAAUGGAAGACAAAUCAGUGGUUUGCAGGGAUUGGGAUGGGGGCAGGAUUCGACUAUAGGGAAGCAUGAGGGAGUUUUGGAGGGAUGAUGGAACUGUUUGGAGUCCUGAUUGUGGUGGUAGUUACAUAAAUCUAUGCACGUGACAGAACGCAUAGUACAGAAUACUCCCCCAAACAUCUAUAAUUUAAAAAAUCUCUCUCUCUCACACACACACAUACACACACACACACUCUCUUGAUCUCUCUUUGUCACUGUACAGACUGUAUCUUUGUACCAUUGGGUACACAUAGCCAACUGUGUGCCAGGUAUAGUAGCACUAAAUAUAUUUUUUAAAUAUAUUUUAAAAGAUGGGAGUUUAUCUUAUGCCUAAUUAUAACGGUAAUAAUCAACAUUUAUUGGCUGCUUUUUAUUUGCCAAGCACAAAAAUGAUCCUAGAUGCAUUAUGUUAAUGCAUUUCUAACACUUAAACCAUCCUAUUAGAAACAAGAAUAUAUUUUGUAGCUAUUUGUAUUAAACAUUUAAAAUCUU